ACACACACACACACACACUGUGUGUGUGUGUGUGUGUGUCAAACAUCCACACACACACAGCUGAAGGCUGCACAGCCUUCAGCAUUGGACACUCCCUGAUGUGAGACGUUUGGUCGGAUAGAUAAGCCAAACCGACCGAGUGUCAAACUAAACCAGCCACAGAGUGUCAAAGUUCAGUUUAACCCAGCUCGUUUUCCGUCGUGUAUCUCCGCCUGUGGUGCCAGACGUCGUGGGUCCAUAUAGUGAACGACAUGUGGCAGGCGAUCGGGUUGACCGCCCUCCCUCACCUCGGGGGGCUGUACGGAGGCUAUGUGACCCGCCACCAGGUGAAGACGUGGUACCCCACUCUGGUGAAGCCCUCCUGGCGUCCGCCCAACGCCGCCUUCCCUAUAGUGUGGACCAGCCUGUACACCGGAAUGGGGUAUGCUUCCUACCUCAUAUAUAAGGAACUUGGCGGCCUGACCGAGGAUGCAAUGGUGCCUAUGGGCCUGUAUGGACUGCAGCUAGCUCUAAACUGGGCAUGGACCCCUAUAUUCUUUGGUGCACACAAAAUGAAAUUAGCGCUAUACGAGAUUAUGGUUCUCACUGGGACGGUCGGAGCGACCAUGUUGUCCUGGUACCCCAUCAGCCGGCCUGCCACUCUGCUCAUGGCUCCCUACCUGGCGUGGCUGUGUCUGGCCACCUGUCUCAACUAUCGCAUCUGGAAGGACAAUCCCGACCCUAAAGGAGAAUAGGUGGCACCAGAUAUACUACUGGUCACGUUAGAGAUUGCAGCAUGGUCAUCCAUUUAUAGGUAGCAUUUGAUAGAUUUUCUUCCUUGUAAGCCUGAUAAUGUAAUGAUAAAACGCUACCCAGAGAUGAUUCUGUUGGACUUUCUUCAUUUUGCAUGCUGUUGCGUAGCUAAGGUUUGUCUGUAGGUUCAUAUCAACGACUCCAAGACUGCAGAUCGACUGCAUAAUUAAAUGAAGGAAUUUGCCCUCUCAUAAUUCAAAGCUUUACUGAUUAACGAAAAACAUGAUUUAUUAACUUGGCUUUCGUGGUUUAGUUGUUCAUUGAACCUGGUCAUUUUCUCUGGGAAAAUCCAGGGAUUUUUUUUUUUUUUUUCAAUUAAGAUUUUCUUAAUGAGUAUGUGCAGAGUGAAUGGAUGUGCAGAGUGAAUGGAUGUACCUAUCUGCUGUGUCCAGAGACCCGUCUAUUAUUCAGGGUCAAACUAUUUCUCCAUUGCGGCUGUACCGCCCCCAAGUGGGCAUCCGCGGGAUUGAGGAGGCGCUGAGACGCACACCAAAAGGGUCAAAUAUUUUUUGGCCGAAAUGGCCUGCAGCAAAGGCCAGUAUGGGAUGAACAUUAAUCAAACAUUUAAAGCUUCGUAUUGGCAUUAGCAGCUUCUAAUUCGUUUAGUUCCAUACAGUUUUUUUUACAUUUUAAAUCGUUCUUACAAUCGGAUUUAAGAAUACUGAAAAUAAAAAUAGGCUUAAAAACAAA